CCUUUGCGAAGCCCACUACCUCAGUGUCGACCCCUAUAUGAGGGCAUACAUGAUUAGGUAUCCCGUCGGAGUGACCAUGAUCGGAGCACAAGUUGCAAAAAUUCUGGUCAGUCGAAAUCCUAAAUUUCCGGUCGGUAGAUUCGUUUGUGGAGAUUUUGGGUGGACUACUCAUACCAUUAUGGGCCAAAACAAAAAGGAAGGAAUGAUGACUGAACCAUACCUCCUACCGGAAUUAGGUGGAAUUUCACCAUCUUUAUGUUUAGGAGCUUUAGGAAUGCCGGGUAACACGGCAUAUUUCGGCUUUUUGGAAAUCUGUCAGCCUAAAGAAGGAGAAACUGUCGUUGUCACUGGAGCUGCUGGAGCUGUUGGUAACCACGUUGGACAAUUAGCAAAAAUUAAAGGUUGCAAAGUGAUUGGAUUUGCAGGAAGUGAUGAAAAAUGCAACUGGUUGAAGAAUGAUCUCGGUUUUGAUCACGCGCUCAAUUACAAGACCGUCGACGCAGCUAAAGCGCUAAAAGAAGCCGCUCCCAAUGGCGUUGAUUGCUACUUUGAUAAUGUUGGUGGUGAAUUGAGUUCAAUCAUUAUGAACCAAAUGAAUUUGUAUGGCAGAAUUUCAGUAUGCGGAGCUAUUUCAGCUUAUAAUGCAGAUGUAACCAAAGUACCAACAGCUCCAAUCGUGCAACCUACUCUUAUCUUCAAAGAAUUAAAAAUGGAAGGAUUUCUUGUGACGAGAUGGAUAUCACGAUGGAUGGAAGGAAUUGGUAAAAAUGCUGCUUUGAUAGCAGAAGGAAAAUUGAAAGUUCGCGAAACGGUUACGGAUGGUUUUGAAAAUACGCCCCAAGCAUUUAUCGAUAUGCUUCGCGGUUCCAACACUGGCAAAGCUGUCGUAAAGUGCAUCUAAUUGUAAGAUUUUUUAAGCGUAGUUUUUAUAC